GGUUUAAACAUGCCUUCACAUUAUGUCUGCCUUCCUGUUCCUGCCUUAAGUGAGACUUUACAGCGAAAGGUGAUACCACAGAUCCAGGUAGUGCACAGACUGUUUUAGGGGGCGGUACUUGAACUCUUUUCUUUCCUGCCCUCCCCUUUGUGUUCUGGAACUUCUCGAGAUAACCUUCAAACAUGAGACAUGUGGAUUGUUCUUUCAGAACAAGAUCGCAUUUAACGACAGUGAGGCGUCAACCUUGGUAUAUUUUCGGCUUGAUCUCGCCUGCCUCCACUCUCCGACACCUUCACUCACUCUAAUCAAUGCAAUUUUUAAUUUUCUUAAUAGGGCGUCAGUUAUUGGCUCUACUAAAUAGCUUUUCUGGAAGAAACCCCAUGUGAUCUGAAGACUUGAGACUUAGGGAGAAGGAAGGACCUGACAUGCCGAGCGCGAAUAUGAAGCUCGUUUGCCAUGUCUAAGACAACCGGGAAGAAACUACACUGGCGCUCCAAAGUGCAAGACAGUUUUGUGCCUUUGCUCGGCACGUCAGAGCUCGGGAUUGCCAUUGGUGGAGGAGCGGAUUAUGGAGAGUUUCCUUUUGUCACUUCGGCUCAAGGGGGAGGCCUCACAGUGGGCGAUAUCAUCCUAGAGAUUGGGGGAACGCCAGUGCUAGGCAUGACAUUAGGAGAUGUUCGUGGGGUCCUCAACUCUUGUCCUCAUCCUAUACGUAUCAAAACUGUCUCACCAGGCUCCACAUUGUGCAAGGAUCUCAGGUUAUAUCUGAGCAAGUGCUUCACACCUGGUUCCGUAGACAGCCAGCUCCAGCAGGUGAUUAGAGAGAACCUUCUUCUUCGAGCAAUACCCUGUACGACCAGACAGCCACGAGAUGGAGAAAUCCCAGGAGUAGAUUACAAUUUUGUUUCCAUCGAGGAGUUCUUCUCUUUGGAGGAGUCUGGGGCGCUGCUGGAGAGUGGAAAGUUCAAAGGGAAUUACUACGGCACACCUCGGCCCAUUCACGUAAGCGCAGAGAGCCCCCCCAUCACCUACCAGGAGCACCGCAACCUGCUCAGAAACUUCCGCACACGCAGCAAAUCGCUCAGCAACCUGGAAAAGGCUGCAGGGGAAGGAAUAAACAGUGAGGACGACGCAGGCCUGUCAGGAAACUCAAGUGUCAUCCACAACAUCCCCUUUGGUCACCGUUCCCCUGGUCGACCUCGAGCGUCCAGCACCGGAGAAGAUGGUUUCCCCUUAGAGAACGGGUUCAUCAGCAGCAAAAGUGGAGCCAGGAUCAGAGGUGUGAUGCCUGAUCACUGGGAGCAGGCAUUCAGUGACCCAGGAGAACCACUCUACAUAGAGCGAAGCCUAAAGAGAACCAGCUGGCAGAGCCCUCGACCCUCCAGCAGAGAGACCAACUACAGAAGUGAAUGGUUCACUGAUCAGCCUGAGGAGCUCAGAGGUUUCACCGUCCACGCACACUUGAUCAAAGGCCCCAGAGGGUUUGGCUUCAACAUUGUGGGGGGCAGCAGGCGGCGAGAGUUCCUGCAGGUAUACAGUGUAACAUCAAGUGGACCGUCGGCACUCAAAACAGGGGACAUUCUGGUGUACAUCAAUGACAUCUGUGUGUUGGGGCUGUCUCAUAAAGAGGCUGUAGAGAUGCUCAAGUCAGUGCCUGUGGGCCACAGUGUGGAUAUAGAGGUCAGAAGGGGAUACCCCCUGCUCUACAACCCGGACGGCCGUCUCAAGCAGUCCCCGCCAAGAAUGCUGGGCAGCAAGGACCCCAACCUACAGCCCACCACCACCCAGCCCCAGUCUCUUCAUCAUCUGCCUCGCCACUCAACGCCCACACCCCCGACCCAGUCCUUAAAUGGGCUCCACAGCAAUGGGAGUUACAUGGAAGCUGGUGUUGCUCUUGAUGCUAAUGGAAAUGCCACAUCUUUCACAUCCAAACCGCCUCCCCCAUACAGACGCUCCAGUGUAACCAAUGCUGGCGGUUCCUUCCCGACUCGCCCGCCCCGGUCCCACAGAAGCUUAGCCCGGCUGCAGUCCCUUGACCCAGUGCUGGCCAGCCAGAGCGACAGUGAAGUUGUUUCACACAGGGCAUCGGUCAUCCGUAAUCACAACAACAACUCUCUGUCAACACCACCUCAUCUUUUGCAUUAUGGAACAUCAAAAUCAUCGGAAAGUGACCUGUCCACUUGCACACUGCCAGGGAGUCGGCUGCCCCUGCCCGAGUCACCACACAGGCCCUCCUCCUCACCUGGGGGCAAGGCUUACGCCCACCUUUUCAGAGGGCACAGCCCCCAUCUCAGGCCCCUCUCCAACCCAGAAAGUCCCCUCCAUCGAGGCGUGAAUGGUUUCCUUAGCAACACCAGCCCCACCGCCAGUCCCAGUACUCUAUCCUCUCCUGGAGCUACAAGUUUGGGCAGCGGGUUUGGUGGUUUAAGCGGAGGAGAACUGGUUCCAGUGGCUCUGGCACAGAUGGAGGGAGACAGAGGUCUUGGAUUCAGCGUGACAGCCGGGGGCCCAGGUGGCCAGGUGACUGUGGUGGACAGAGUCUGGGACAGGAAGCAGUGCAACUCCCUUCAGCCAGGGGACACUAUUGUGAAAAUCAACGGCGCUGAUGUCCAGAGUCUAAACUUUACUCAGAUUGAUGCCAUUCUGCAGGAGCAUGCCAAACAAGGAGAAGUAAUCCUGCUGGUUUACAGAGGAGGCAUCUAUCAUUCAUCUGUAUCCCCUGCAACUAUUCGGAGACUCCCCCCUCCGCUCCUCCGACCUCCUCCUCCACCUGACGGCUCAGAAAACUUCUCUGCCUACCCAGAAGCUUUACCUAUGCCCUGCACAUCCAAGAGCCCUGCUCCUUCCCCGACACACUCCUCGCUCAUCCAAAGCACCAGUUUCCUGGAGUCGAUCCCCGUCACCCUGACAAUGGAUCCCAAGGACUGGAUCGACAUAGGCUUGGAGGAUGAGGCCACAGGCAUCUCAAUGCCUGAUGCAACUCUGGAAAAGAGGAGUGAACAAAGUCGACCUCUUCGUGGGGUUGAUGUGGUGCUGAGGAGGAAGCCAGGGGAAGGCUUUGGGUUUGUCAUUGCUUCUCAGGAUUUAGAACAUGGCAAAACAGCUUCUCUUCUUCCUCACCGCUUUGUGACGGUACGGCGGGGCAGUCCGGCUGCAAAGAGCGGUCAAAUUUGUCCCGGAGAUCGUUUAGAGGCUGUGGAGGGGCGCUCCGUGGUGACUUUGCCCCAUCGAGAACUUGCCCAAAUUCUCCGUCGAGCAGGGAACACUCUGCGUCUAACCGUUGUACCCCGCACCAGCACCCACUCUACAAACUUUACAGAAGCCACUGACCAUGACCACAGAGGCAGAAGGGGCCAGAGGUCACGUCCAAAGCGUGACUCAAGGUAUUACAGCGUGGAUCUGGAUCGAGGCCCCUCUGGCUUUGGCUUCAGCUUGCGAGGGGGGAGUGAGUACAACAUGGGUCUUUAUGUUCUCGGACUGAUGGAGGGGGGGCCAGCUUCGCAGAGCCAAAAGAUACUGGUGAGCGACCAGCUUGUAGAAAUCAACGGUAACAGUACGACAGGAAUGACCCACAGCCAGGCUGUCGAGCAGAUCCGCAGAGGAGGCCAGCGCAUCCACCUGGUUCUCAAGAGAGGAAACGGUUACGUGCCUGAUUAUGGCCGUGAACAGAGAAUCACAUCCCCCUCCCGCAUCUAUAACCCCAAGGAGCAGGGUUUGGCUGCAGUAAACUCCACUGGAAGGAGGGGGCGCAGUUCCCACCAGAUGAGGAGAAGCAGAUCAGCUGGAGACAAGAGGGAGAAAAGGACGGAGGUGAGGAGGAGAGGAAGGGACAGGUCACUGAGAGGAGACCGCUCGGAUUUACACAGCCCCAUUUCUGAGCCGAGUGACCGAUCUCAUGAGUCCAGGGACAGGAGGAGGAGAAGAAGGAGAUCUCACAGUUUACCUAGAGACCCCAACCAGAAAUAUGACGACAGCAAUACAGAAAGGAGGACAGUGAGAGGACGUAAACGGGGCAGGGACAAAGGGAGGAUCAGAGGCAGAGAGGAGAGGAAGAGCAGGAGUGAGGAGAGGGAGAGGAGGGCAGAACGUGAGGAGUCUGAGCUGAAGGAGGGUUAUUCACCCCCUUUUGAAGAUCGAGUGGAGAGUAGGUUGGAAAAGAAGGUGAACGGAGGAAAUUUAGAGAGAACCCGGAUUGAAAACAAAGCCAGUCUCCCCAUUCCAAGUCCCACCCGAAAGCUUCCUAGCCCCGAGCCAAACUGGGAGAUGGAAAGUCGUAUUGAUUGGGACAUGGCUGCGGAGUACAGGGAGCUGAUGAGCCAUGAAACCCAGCAGGUCGAGCAGACUGAGUCCCUAGGUUAUGGCAAUUAUGAAGACGAAGGUGAAGAGGUAGAUGAAGACCAAGAAAGCGACGAUGCCCACUCCUUGACCUUUCAGAGGCCUUUACCAGGUGUUGCUGUGUUGUCAACAGAGUCACAGAGAAAGCCCUUCUCCUUCCUCACCUCCACACUAUCUGUAGACCAGCUGGGGGAUGCUGACUCAGAGUCCGGAGACAGCCUGUCUGACGUCAGCAUGUCCGCUGCGAGCAUCUCAAGCCUGUCUCUGACCGCAAGAGAAACAGACAGACCUAGAGCGGGGGCACUGCCAAACCUUUGGCUCAAACCCAGCAAGCCAAGACUGGUUCAGUUUGUAACGGAGAACAGGCAGCCCGGGUCACAGUCGUAACAGAGGGGAAGAAGCACCGUCUAUUAACUUUUCCUUGGAAAGUGAGCAUGCGGCAGCUGCAUGAUACUGUGAUGUAUUAUGUCUCACUGUUAGACCUCUACUUGUUGUCUGCAACAAGCCACACUUUCAAACUUUAUCUGAGUCACUUUGAUGUCAACAGUAGAAGUCCUACUUUGUGCCUUUAUGCUGCAGAGCUCUACCUGAUCAGAAAAUUUUAACUAGAAAGUGAAAUCUCUCCCCAAAGUCUUCUUCCAGGUUUCUUUCUUUAAACAACACUUUACUUUGUCGGUGUUGUGAUGUUUUUAUUUUAUUUUUUUCACCCGCUUCCCUUUUCACAAUCACACUUUAGCUUCCUCCUGCUGUGAUUCAGACCACAAGAGUGUCCUCUAGCAAAUGGAGUGUCGUCAUUUAACCCUGACCUUUCGCCCCCUCUAUAAACGUAUACCUCAUAAUGAUGCAGAGCAAUAAUAAUGCAACCAUUUGCGAUUAAGGUUCAUCCAUAUCCACCUGGACGGCUGUACUAUGACCUGUUCUGAGUGGAAUCCGUGUAAUGUUUGUACAGUAUCCUCUUUGUCUUACUGUCAGGAUCUUUGGUUGUGAUGAUCCAAAUCCCCUUCAGAUCCAGACGUGCAAUCUUAUAUUCUGUGACUGUUUAUAAAGAGAACAGUAACAGGCCAUAUUGUAAAUAGUCUAUUUAAACAAUCCCUAAUUUGUAUAAUUGUAUUGUAAUACAUCAUAUUAAUACUAAAUAUUUUAAUAGAUGCAGUAUACCUACAUAUUACAAAGUGUUAACCUAUGAAAUUAUUUAAUAUUGUGUGAUGAGCGUGAAAAUUGGUACUCUGCUUUUGCGAAGGUUCAAACUAUGAUUACAUAACCCCGUUUCCAGUCGGGCUGGGACAAGUUUCUACAAAGCAACAAAACCAUAAAUCUGCAACUCUGUUUAUUUUUGUCAUCAUCUACAGGGAAAAUGAUUUUUACUGUCAUUCACCGACUUCAAUGAGCUUGCCAAUUACUUCUAAAAUCAUUUCAAUCUGCAGAUCAUUCGGUAACAGAUGAGGGUGUUGUGAGUCGAUCUGAUAAAAAGGACUUACCAAAAGGUGAUAAAAAGGUCACACCUUGCCGAUAAAAAACUACAUGAAACUUCCAUCAACUAGGGCAACUGUCGUAGUUGUAUUGUAGAUAUUGUUUUCCUAAUCACUGUUUCAAAACUUAGACAAAGUGUGUGUGAACAAAAGCUGUGAGGGUGCUAUUAGAUUGAUUUUUUUAAUGCUUCCUUCCUUCUAAACUUAUGACCUGCUGGUUGUGAUCCUUGUCUCAUGCCCGCCGAUGUAAAAAGAUGACUUGAGUCAGGAGAAGAUCAGAAAUCAUUUAAAGAAAAGUGGCCCUCAAGCCCAAGAAAUCUUGCUACUGCAGAAUAUGGGUUCAAGAGAAGUGUUGACUCCCAGCUCAGGCUUCCACAGCUAACAAUACAACACUGUACAUGAAAGAAGCCAUUAAUCAAAUCACACAAACAUGCUAAUGUACAGAUGGCCUGCAUACCAGUAAUGCCGAAUAUAGUCUAGAUUUUUUGACAGACAUAUACCAUUAUGAUCAUUUCUUCCCCAGUAAAAUCUGCACAUUUUAUGCAAGACUGUAAAAUAAUUGAUGAUAGACAAAUGUCUGCAAAGCCGCAAAAAAACUUAUUUUCCAUCUUUUACCAUUGUCCUAUUUCUCACUACAGCAGACGUGUUCGUCUAAGAGCAACUUUAUUUAGUUAAUUUCAGUGUAACGGGGUCACAUAGUACCCACAGAUAUGUUGUCCUUUAGUCUGUCUGGACUGUCAUCCAAACCAAUUUUCUGAUCAGUUCUUUUCCCAUCAGUAGCUGAAAACAGAAGCCGUUAGUUUUAUCGUGCCUCUAUAGGACUUCAAAAGCUGCUGGUAAAACACGAGGUGAGAAGUGUUUUAUUUAGCCUCAUUUUCCUGUGCUGAUGUGAGGAUCGUGCUCAGCUGACAACGUUGACAUUGUGAAACACGGCUGUACAGAUCACUGCAUGCAGUUGCAACACUUUCACAAAGAUGGUAUUUCCAGAGUCAACAGUACAGCUCUGUGAGUUUAAAUGAGAGAUUCAAACAUGUCAGGACUUUGGUUUGAUUUGAUUUGUUGUUACUAAGGUCGUUAUUGUAAAUAAGAACAUGUUCUUAACCCUUGUGCUAUCUUAGAUGACCCCACCCUUGCAUUGACGUGUUCUCCCUACCAUGACAAAGGUGGAUAAAGGUGGAAAGAUUUCAUG